AUGAAAGAACAGCAGGAGAUUUGGACAAAGAGGAGAGAGGAGAGAGAUCGAGGCGGGGACAAUGGUGUCAGUGAGGAGGGUGCGGUCAGCAAGCAGGCGUAUGAGUGGGAGGAAGACGUUGUGGAGUUUGUAGAAGGCAAGGAGUGCCGGCGUGAGGUUUUAGACCGCGAGAUGGAUGGGUUUAUGGGACGGGUAGGGUGUGAAGUAGGUGAAGAAGAGCGUUGCGAUGUGUGUAGGGAGCGUGCAUUGCGGAUGGAAGCACAAGUAUCAAGGAGAGGUACAUCAUGGGUCAGCAUACAGAGUGAAGAGGAAGAGGAGUUGGCGAGGCAGCAGCAGCAGUUGAGGCAGAUUAUGAGAGGAGCAAAAGGUCAAUUCAGUGGGCAGAGAUGGAGCAGGUAG